GUAUCGUAUCAAUGAUUAGGAGGAAGAUAACAUAACUAUACAUAUAAGUGCUUUGAUUUUUUUUUUUGGCAAAGACUGACUCCAUUCGGGACAAAAUGGUGAAUAAAGUGGUAUUGACGUUGGCGGUGUUCCUUGUAGGAUGCUUUGCCAUUCCAACUCCCGAAUGGGAUCAGUCCAUAUUCUAUGAGCAUGUAGACCCCGAGGCUCGCAUCGUGGGUGGCAGCGAGGCCCCAGAAGGCGCCCAUCCUCACAUGGUGGCUCUCUCUAAUGGCGUGCUGAUCAGGAGUUUUGUGUGCGGUGGCUCUCUGAUAUCCACGCGUACGGUGCUCACGGCUGCUCAUUGUAUUGCUGCUGUGUUCAGCUGGGGCGAAUUGAGCAGCUCCCUCCGUGGUACAGUUGGCACCAACCGCUGGAACCAAGGCGGCCAGUCCUACGCUUUCGCUCGCAACGUCACUCAUCAAAAUUACGUGUCAAGUACGAUCAAGAACGACAUCGGUAUACUCAUCACCUCUACAAAUGUAGUCCUGUCUCCGACUGUUGGAAUUAUUUCCCUCACUUUCAACGAAGUCGGUGGUGGCAUCGCAGCCAGGGCCGCUGGUUGGGGUAGAAUUAGGGCUGGCGGUGCCCUGUCGACCCUGCUUCUCCAGUUGGACGUGCGAACUAUCAGCGGCCAGCAGUGCGUAGACGACGUCAGACAAGCCUCCAUAGACUUUAACGUCAGUGCGCCCCCUGUGGAGCCCCACAUCGAACUGUGUGUGGUACAUUCCGUCAACCAUGGCAUGUGCAACGGCGAUUCAGGCAGCGCUCUGGUCCGCUUAGAUUUGGGGCUCCAGAUUGGUAUAGUUUCCUGGGGAUUCCCCUGCGCUCGGGGCGCCCCCGACAUGUUUGUCAGAGUUAGCGCUUACCAAAACUGGGUCUUGGCGAAUGCCAUCUAAUUUAUUGCUCAAUAAAAAGUUAUUUAACUAA